UUUAGGCGUUACCCAUUACGUCCUUACGUCAUCAGAUCGCUUCUUCCGCUGCCGGGUAGAGUGAACGUGAGGAGCUGCCUGAGACGAAAAGCAGAAGUGCCUAAAAACGUCGCAACAAUUGCAGAUACAUAUUUUUAGGAAACCGAGUGACAGCCAAGAAAAAUACUAACACCACUGUGUCCAAGAUCUGUUAAAGCCAAUCCACUAAAGCAGGUGACCGACAAUGGCUGUGAACGUGCACUCCACCUCAGUGACCAGUGAAAACUUAAGUCGUCAUGACAUGUUGAUCUGGAUCAAUGAAUCUCUACAGAUGAACCUCACCAAGAUAGAAAUGUUGUGUACAGGUGCUGCCUACUGCCAGUUCAUGGACAUGCUGUUUCCCAACUCUGUGCCUCUGAAGAAAGUUAAAUUUGCUGCCAAGCUGGAGCACGAAUACAUUCAUAACUUCAAGCUUCUGCAAGUUUCCUUCAAAAAGAUGGGAGUCGAUAAAAUCAUUCCUGUAGACAAACUGGUGAAGGGCAAGUUCCAGGACAACUUUGAGUUUGUCCAGUGGUUUAAGAAGUUCUUUGAUGCCAACUACAAUGGGACGGAGUACGACCCCGUGGAGGCGAGGCAGGGUCAGGACACCAUGCCCAUUCCCAACCCCUCCAUGUCGGCUCUCUCCAAACCACCUAAAAAGGCCAUCAGUCAAACUACUCAGAGGCCACCCGUUGCAAAGGUAGCACCCAAGUUGUCUAACGUCAGCGCGAGGAAGACGGUUCUUGGUGGAGGGGACGAGGAGAGGGCGGAGCUCAUGAAUGAGGUUGAGCUCCUGAAAUCUACCAUUCAGGACAUGGAGAAGGAGAGAGACUUUUAUUUUGGAAAGCUGCGGAACAUUGAGCUGAUUUGCCAGGAGAAGGAUGGAGAGGGCGACCCCACAAUGCAGAGGAUCAUCGACAUCCUCUACGCCACAGACGAGGGUUUCGUGAUACCGGAUGCCGAGGAGCAGGAGGAGUUUUAAUAUUCAAGACUGCAAGCAACUUUUCACUCGGAUGCCCAGGUCUACAAACCACCUCGAGAUCCUUCUUCAAUUCAAGACAGCCAGUUUGGUUUAACGUCCAACAGCAAACCUGAUCUCGACAUGCCCCCCCCCCCUGUACCCAUCCUCAACCCAAAUCCCAACCUGCCGGACUUCUAGCAGACGUACAGCUCCCUCUGUCCUGAACCAUCUUUUAUCAAUAAUCUACAAAGCCUCGGUCACUGCCUCGCAACCAGCCCCCCCCCCCCUGUAACCCCACCCACCCUUAAAACCAGAUUGUGCAGAACAUAUCUGGUUUCUGUAACGAACUUGAGUGUGGAAAGCGCGGUGAUGUUCUCUGUGUGAGUGUGUAUUUGUGUGCGUGUGCGUGUGUGUGAUUGUAUGUGUUUAAUAAUCCAUUUGAAACAAAUCAAACAUGAAGAACCUCCUCUGAAGACCCGGCUGUCCCUCUGUCCCAAACUAACACACACUUUUUGUUUGUGUUUAAAGACACUGCAGCCAUUUUGUGCCUUCCUGUUGACACUGAUUUGUAUUCAAUUGGAGGAAAAUGGAAAAGCUGUAGUUUUGCAUAAUUUCAAACCAAAUCUGAGGUGUACUUUUUGCUAACUGUUGCCAAUUUUAGUCAUUUGAGUUGUGUUUUUUGAAAUAAAAAAUGUAACUUCAAGCCUGUAGGCAUUUAGAAAAAACCUAGAAUUCCAGUUUUAUGUAGCUGGUAUAUUUCUAAGAUAAUGAAAUGAGGAAAAGCAACUUGUGACGCCAACGGGCUCUGGGUUUAGUCUGGGACAAGGCAGCAGUCGGUCUUCUCAUGGCCUUUUUUGUUUCCACCAGGGACAUCAUCCUGAUUUUGUCCCGUUGAGCUUCAGAAGCUUUUGUAAAUGUAUGCUACUGUUUUAUCUCAUUUUCCCGUCAACUCUCUUUUGACCUUUUUUCAGGCACCUGUCCGUCAUUGUCUCAGCUUUAUACAACUGUUUUCUGUUACGGUUUAGUUUACUUCUCACAAUAACUUAAGAUUUUGGUUUUUGCUCCCUCAACCUGGGUGUCGAUGUGAGAUGGCCGCCUUUUGAUCAACAUGCCAAUUAGUAAAAAGUGGAAUGACUGUAUGAUCAACGGCGUUCUGUAGGUCUCUGUUUUAUAUCAGUGGCCCUUACUAAGACCUGCAGAGCCUCCUGUGCUUCUUUCAGGCUGUGUGAUCAAUGAAUACUUUGCUGAUUGCUAAAGUUGGAUCUUUUUUGUCCCCUGAAUCUGUUAAAAGAAAAAAUUGCACGAUCAAUGAGUUGCCACCGUGAAGGCAUAUUCCUCUGGGAAUGCAAGUCGGGUGUCGUCUUCCUCUUUUCUUUUCCAAUCUCCACUCCUUGAUUGACCAAUUUUAAUACUAAUAACAUGAUGUAUUGUGGAUCUGAAUUAAGACCAGUUUGUUCCACUGUACUCUAAGUGCUUAAUCUGAAACAACACAUUACUGUUAAUGCCACACAAACUGUUAACAGCAAUGUGUUAUUCGAGUACUAAACUAUCAAUGGCCUUAUUCAUAGCAUUUUCUUUCAUAAGAAAACAUUGUUCUUAACUUCUUAUUUUAUAUUUUUCUUUAAUGUAAGUUGCUGCUGUUUGGGCAAAUGUUUGUACUGUUAGUCAUAUUUUAAUGUGUUCUGAAAAUAAACAACAUUGGAGGUAUUUUUGGACGAAGAUGUGUCGGGGUGCAGCAGAGUCUCAUAAAGCAGAAACAUUUAUGGUGUUUCGCAGUAGCAGAUUUUAAAUCAAGGAUUUCCAGUAAAUGAUUUGUUUUUCUUGCAACAAGUUGAGCAGAAAAUGCAUCACUACGACUACUGCACAAUAUUCUGCAGAAGUCAAUUAAAGAUGAAAUACUGA